AUGGAUCUGCUCAUAGUGAAAAGAAAGUCGGUAAGAGCUUCUUUUACUCGUUUAUAUAAUAUUUUAAUUGCGGCUCUAGGUAAACCUGAAUUAAAUUUUGAAGAUUUAGAAAGUAAAUUAUCAUCUUUGAGAAGAAUUUCUAUUGAUUUAUCGAAAUUAGAUGAAGAUAGUAUAUGUAACGCCAUCUUGAUAGAAGUCGCCAAAGCAGACGAUUUUGAAAAUGAAUACUGUAUCAUUGAAGAAUACAGAGAAAAGUUAGAUUCUGUUCGUGUUCGUGUAAAAAGAAUUCUUAAUUCUCGUGAACUGAAAGAUAAGAAAGAUAAUUCGGUUAAAAAUGAAAAAACCAAACUAAAGCUUCCGGAAAUAGAACUUGUACAUUUCAGUGGCGAGGUAAAAGAUUCGCUGCAUUUUUGGAGCCAAUUCAGUAGAAUACACGAAAAUAAAUCGAUGGACGAUGAAGAUAAAUUUCAAUAUCUUAUUCAAUGCGUGACAGCAGGAGGAAGAGCUCGUGAAAUAGUGGAUAGUUACCCGCCGACUGCUGAUAAUUAUUGCAAAGUCAUUGAGAGUUUCAAAUCAAGGUUUGGCCGAGAGGAACUUUUAAUUGAAUAUUAUGUUCGGGAACUUUUGACUCUUGUCGUUAAAAAUGCUACAAAUUUAAGGAAUAAGAUGGAUAUUACACAAUUGUACGACAAAUUAGAAUCCCAUUUGCGAUCGUUGGAAUCCAUUGGCAUGACAUCUGACAAAUAUGCCGCUAUGCUAUUCCCUUUAGUGGAGUCAUGCAUCCCCGAAGAAAAUCUACGAGUUUGGCUUAGAAGUCCUUUAAUUAAUAAACAAGAGAAUUCUUAUAGCGAUAAAUUGGCUCAACUGUUAACAUUUCUAAGAAGGGAAGUAGAGGGUAAAGAACGGAUUGCUCUAGCAAAAACUGGUUUUAAACAAGCUGAAAUAGUUGAAAGGAGACAAAAACACAGAGAAACAGAAUUUUAUCCACCUACGGCCAAAGAUUUAAUAUCUGGGUUUAAAGAAAAGAAAAAGUUAAACUGUAUAUUUUGUAACAAAUUACAUGAAAGUAAAGACUGUUUUAAGGGACAGAAACUGUCAUUAGAAGAAAAGCGAGAAGCAGUCAGAAAAUAUAAAUACUGUUUUUUUUUGUUUGAAGCCAGGGCAUUUAUCGAGAAACUGCAGAUUAACUGUACGCUGCAUGGUCUGCGGAAAGAGACACUGGGUAAUAAUGUGUCCUAA